CAAUGAGCGAUAAAUCAAAAAAAUUAGUAGUAAUUACAGGUGCCUCAAGCGGUUUUGGUGAAUCUUUAGCAAAGAUUUUAUCCAAAGAAGGAUACCCAUUAUUAAUAGUAGCUAGAAGACUAGAAAAAAUGGAAGCUUUUAAACUCCCAAAUUGUUUAUGUAGAAAGGUUGAUGUUAGUAACUAUGAUGAAUUUGAAAAAGCUUGUAGAGAAGCUGAAGAACACUUCAAAACUAAAAUCGAUCUUAUGGUUAAUAAUGCUGGUGUUAUGUUACUUGGAAAUAUUUGGGAACAAGACCCAAAGGACUGGGAUACAAUGAUAGAUGUAAAUGUUAAAGGAGUAUUAUAUGGAUGUAGAAUCGUAUUAAAAGAUAUGAUGGAAAGAAAUUCAGGUACUAUUAUUAAUGUUAGUAGCAUUGCUGGUCACAGUCCAUUUGAUAGCCAUACAGUUUAUGGUUCAACAAAAUAUGGUGUAACCUGCAUUACAGAUACAGUUAGAUUAGAGGUUGCCCAGAAAAAUGUUAGAGUAUUACAAAUUUCCCCAGGUAUUGGUGAAACUGAAUUAUUGGGCCAUAAUUCAAAAUCAGCCGAAGUUUAUGAAAAAUAUUUAGGCUGGAAGAAAGCAUUAGAUGGUCAGUCAAUGGAUCCAUACCAAGUUGCAAACACAAUGAAAUUCAUGUAUGAAUUACCACAAGAAAUCAGUCUUCGUGAUAUCAUUAUUUCACCAACAAAACAAGGUUAAUUUAAAUAAAUUAAUAAAAUUAAAGCUUUGUUAUUAAACAAUUUAUUUAUAAAGAU